GAUAACUUCACAGUCGUGUGAAAUAUUUAGGGAUGUGCGCGGGAAUAAGGGGAUAAGUCAAAUAUCGGCAAAAAAGUUUUUUUUUUUUUUGCAUGAAAUUAAGGAGAACAAGCUCUACAAAUUGGUCCAAAUGGUUUAAGUCUAGCCACCCUUGUGUGUUAUUAUAUGGCACUGAACUUUUGGAAUGAUUAAUUACUGACCUUGAAUACUUGGAAGAACUUUAAAUGUUUAAUAUCUUAAUUUAAGUAAUAUUGACAUAUCCCCUUUUUUCCCCGCGCACCUGCGAUUUAUCCUCUUAACUUGUCCUCUGGUCACGUUUUAUAUUUUGUACUAUCCAUUUUUUCUGUAUAUUUUGUGUGUAGUAAACGUAUUCACUGAGGGUUUAAUAUUUUUUACGUAAUUGACAUUUCGUUAUGUGACGUGUCGUGUUAUCUUGUUCCUUUUUUGGUGUUUAUGUCGUUUCUGUUUUCGUGUUUUGUGUUUAUCCCGUGCUGUCUGUGUUUUUUGUGAUAGUGUAUUUCCAACUGAUCACUUCACAUUCGUGUGAAAUAUAAUUGGACGUAGUUAUGCAAAAAGGAACCAACCCACAAUUUUGUUACAUUUUAUUUGAAAAUAAAUUAAAAUGGUACAAGGUUGAUCGUACCGUCGUUGCUAUUAUUAUACCAGCAUUUAUACUAGACAAUUAAAAUUAUACCCGCGUUAUGUUAUCAAUACGAGAAUUACAAUUUAUAAUUUAACUUUAACUUCGAAAUACUCAGAAUAGGUUUCAUGCAUAACUACGUCCAAUUGACAUUAGAUCAUCUCUAGCUCUCACACUUUAAGAGGCCACUCCAGUGUUACAGGAACACUACGCAACCCGCGUUAACCUUGUAAGAUUCAAUGCUAUUUUCAUUUUGCUUGUAACUAAUUAACUAAUAUAGAUUACGAAAUGAUGCUUGCUUGAUAUGUAAGACAACGAUGCUCUUAUCAAAGCCCCUUUCUUCGAAAACGUGCAUAAAUUAUGGUUUUAUACUAAUCUUUACUGAUACACAUAAGUGUAUUGUCUAGGUUUGAACUAGGGAUGGGGCGACCGAAUCCAAUAUCCGCCGAAUCCGCCGAAUCCUAGGGAUUCGAAGAUUCGGCAGGUCUUAUAUAGGGUUCGUCAAAGGAUUCGGUGUUUUUUUAUUUAUUAUGCAUAAACUGCUUUUAUGGGUUAUUUAUAGAAAAAAUCCUAACCGCUAAUCUGUAUUAACACUGAAAUUUCUCAAGAAAAAUUUUUUGUCUUUUAUACACAAGAAACAGUAAAAGCACAACAUAUUUGAGGUUAGGAAGGCAUCACAUGUUAUAAACAAGAAUGUACCCAGUCUAAGCUAUGUUGAUAUUAUGUUAUGCCUACAUACAACCAGGGUGUCUACUGACCCUGGUAAACCUGGAAAACCUGGAAAAAUCAGGGAAUAUUGUAAUCAGGGAAUAAUCAGGGCAAAAUCAGGGAAUUUUUUUAAAAAUCAGGGAAUUUUUGUUUGGUAGGUUGUAGUUGGCAAUAUGUUUUUUUGUUUAUUGAUCUGCUUGCAUUGACGUAGCAUCAAGUGUAUUGCGUUCCAUUUUUUUAUUUUUGAAUGGAAAAUAAGGAACAGUUCCCACGUCCAUUUUCUUUUAUUUACCAUCGGAUUCGGAAGUGGCGUUAAAUCACGUGAUACAAACUGGUUCAAGCUGGUCUGUUAUCCUGCUGACGUGACGUGCUGCAGCAUGUGCUUCCCACGCUCGGAUUAUACCGACAGGUGCAUUUCAUUUUAAGUAUCUAUGGAUGCCCUCAAUGUAAACUGGGCAUUUUUGUUAGCUUUGAAAAUACAUAUCACAGACACUUUUGGUGAAGAUUCGCCACUGUUGCUAGAAAUUGGUAGCUGUGGGCUUCAUACUUCAUGCUUUCAAAACUGGAAUUUCUGCUAUACAAUUGGACGUUGUUAGUUUUUUGAGGCACAGUUACUAUUUGUUUAUGCAUGUACCUACUUGCAAGGAGGGCAGAUUACAUUAGAAUAACUGGAUCAGAGCUUUUUUCCAAGAAAUUUUGUGCAAUCAGAUGGAAUACUGCAGUUGCUGAGCGUGCCAUUAAAAUGUUACCCCACCUAAAGAAAUUUGUAAGUGAAGAUUCUAUUUCAUCUGUGUCUUUCAGUGUAGUGAAAAGUGCUCUUGAAGAUAUUCUUCUAGAAGUAAAAUUGGCAUUCUUCUACUCUUUGGCAUCAGAGCUGGAAUUGUUUCUCAGAAUGUUCCAAAGUGAAGCACCCAUGGCACCUUUUCUCUAUGAUUCACUGGUAGACAUUUUAUUAGCUUUGGCUGGAAAGUUUUUGAAACCAGAGGUACUGAAGAGUGUUAGGAAGAAACGCAAUGUAUCUCGAUUGGAUGUAGAUAACCAGGAAAAUCUAUUGACUGCUAACAAUAUCAAGUUGAGUUAUGCAGUACGCCAUGCCAUCAAGAAAGAGAAAGUACCAGUAAAGUCUGUCCUGUUACUGAAAAAUGAUGUUAAUUCAAGACAAAAGUCCCCUAAAGUACAAACUUACCAAGGGAAUUUCCUGCUUAUGUCCGUCUGUGGCUUUAAAUUCAGGUGUGAGGAAACUGCGUGUGAAUUACAGUUUAGAAUGUUGUCUUCAAAACAAGUGGCUAUAAGGACAAGAAGCUGAUAACAUUGAGUGAUCAUAUCAGUUGGUAUGUUCCUCGCAAGAUUCUGAAGCACUGUUCUCGUCUUUUUCUCGAGAAGACUGGCGCCUUGAUCACUUGUGGGUGCUUAUUCUUAAGGCACAUACAGUAGCUACCAAAACAGGCCUUCUAAAGUUUGUGAGGGGUUGGUACUUUCCCAUGGAAAUGCAUCAUUGGAAAGAGGAUUUUGAGUGAAUUCUAAUCUGCUGACUGAAAACUUGCAGGAAGAAAUACUGAUCGCACAAAGACAGAUGUACGACUUUGUUCAACGUUCUGGAGGUGUAGAGCAUGUUGAUAUCACCAAGUCCAUAUUACAGUAUGUAAGAAAUGUUAGUUGUAGGCGUAAGGAAGCCCUGCAAACAAAACAAAAAGAAAAGGAAGGUAGGUACAGACAAGAAGAAGGCAGAAAAAGAAGAGUUGAAGAAGAGAUCAAGGCAUUGCAUUUGAAGAAGGCUCGAGUGUUGGAUUUGGCUCGUUCUGAAGCAAGUGCAAUAGACGCAAAAGUUGAGUCACUGCGAAAUUGAUGGGAGCUUCCUUUUACUUAAGUUUUUGCAAAAGUAAGUGUGUGAAAUAUUUGUAGCAGCAUGUUUUAUUUGCCAUCAAUUGAGUCACUUUGGCCACAUCUGGAAGAAGGUAUUUUUUUUUACUAAUUUAAGUGAGUUGAAAUACUUUGAAACCUGUCAAUGUACUGUUACGCAGUUUUUUCAGUUUCGUGGAAUGUCGUAAUUGUGUUACAGAAAACCUGGAAAAGUUCAGUUUUAGACCUGGAAAACCUGGAAAAAUCAGGGAAUUUCAUUUACUAGAUCUGGUAGACAUCCUGUACAACGUUUACGAAUUUAUUAAUAAAUCUGCCACUUUUCAAUAUACAAGCAGUGAUGCAAAAGUAUUACUAAUUUUUACCGUUUGCACCGUAACCUAAACAAGCACCAAACUUCCGACUCGCAACCGCGGCGCAUUGUCAGCUGCAUUAUCUUCGAACUCAUCAAACACUGUUCCGUUUUCUUUAAGCAUAUGAAAAUUUGUUUUUGUAAUGUUUUAAUCAAGAAUAUAAAUGAAUAAAAUAGUUCACAAACAAACGUAAAAGUUUUCAACAGAAACGAAGUUCAAACAAAACAAUAUUCACAACACGCAAUUCACAAACUAACACUGGGCACGGAACAAUGGCGUCUCGUCCCGUUUGUUUAUUAAUUUGUUAUCGGUAUUGAGUUUAUCUGUGCGAGUUUUUCUACUGAACUGAAUAUUUCCAUGUAACGUGUGGUUUAUCUUUCGUUGUGAAUGGUGAUUUAAAGUCAUUUACGAGACGUAAAUCACAAUCAGAGAUGUCGGACGUAUGGGAACAUUUUGUUCUGGACAAAUCCGACACCACCAAAGCUGCAUGUCUGUUUUGUGGUGCAAAAAUAUCCCCCGGAAAGUCAUUGCGUUACGUAAACAUCUUAAACUCCACUCGGUCCAAAUCGCUGUUGAUAAACGGGAGAAUAGUGAAUCUUCCGGUUCAGGAGAAAUUGCAGGGCCUAGUAGAAUAUUAUCUGAACCUCAAAACAAUGAACCAUCACUCACACAGCCCACACUAGCACAAUUCAUGACAAAAAAAAUGUAAGUUUUCAAGCAAAGAUGGCAAAGGAUAACACAUAUGUAGGCUUAUUGGAGAUAUGAUAUGUGUAGACAAUCAGCCUCUGUCUGUUGUAGAAAACAAAGGCUUCAGAAAGCUUAUUGCAUUUCUGGAACCUCGUUAUUCAAUGGUUUCGAGAAAAUUUCUGGCAAAUACACUUAUACCAGAAAUGUACCAAACUACAUGUGAGAAAGUCAAGGGACUUUUAGUGCAAACAGAAUACAUCUCACUCACAUUAGAUAUGUGGACAUCAUCUGCUAAGGAUGAUUUUAUGGGCAUCACAGCACAUUUUAUUGACAGUGAAUAUGAAGCAUGUCAUGUUGCUCUUGAAGUGAGGCCAUUCUUGGAAGUCUCCCACAAUGCAGAAAACAUCAUCCAUUUCAUAUUGGAGUUGUGUGAAUCAUGGAACAUCGAAGACAGAAUUUUUGUCAUUGUCAGGGAUAAUGCUCGCAACAUCACAGCUGCCUUAAAUUCUUCGACCUAUCAACAUCUUCCCUGCCUGGCACAUACCUUACAACUGGUCAUACACGACGCAGUUUUAAAAUCUGCUAGUUUGUCUAAUAUCUUUUCUGUGUGUCGUUGGGUGGUUGGACACUACAAGCAUUCUACUGCAGCUACCAAAGUGCUCAAAAAAGCUCAAGCUACAUUGGGGGUCAAACAACAUCGGCUAGUGCAAGAUGAAACAACGCGGUGGAAUUCUUCGUUGCACAUGAUUCAGCGCUUGUUGGAACAAAAGCAGGCAGUCACAUUAGCAUCAAGUCAGUUAGCAGGCGUCAACGAAGAACUAACAUCAACUCAGUGGGAGCUGUUGAAAAAUAUAGCAGAGGUAUUAGAAAUUUUCAACCAAGCCACACUUGUUCUUUCAUCGUCAAGUGUGACCAUAUCUGAGGUCAUACCAAUUGUGAACAGCAUAAUCAAGCAUUUGGAAGACCUCAACCUACCUGGUUUAACUGGUGUACGGAAUGACUUGCUAGCAUCGCUGAAGCUCCGAUUCAAAGAAAUGGAAACACGCAAAGUAAGUGAACUGUAUAAUUAACAUUACUUGCAUCAGUUAGCAUAAUUGUUGCAAGAACUAAUACAGCCAAUGUAUUAAAUUUUAAACAUUUGGUUGCAAGCACUUUAUGCAAUUUCAGCUAAUAUUUACAAUUUGAAUUAAAUUUUUUUUUGCAUUUUCAGGAAUAUGCUGUUGCUGUUCUUUUGGAUCCACGAAUCAAAGAAAAGGCAUGUAACAGUCAAACUGAAUGUGAUGCAGCAAAACAAAUGCUCCUAAAUGAAAUUAGGCCUACUGUGAAAGAUAAUGUCAGUGAGACUGAACACAACUCAAAUUGCACAUCUGAUAACACAGAGGGUCCUUCACAUACAAAUCAACUUCAUGGGAUGUGGAAAUUUUAUUCAAAGCUUUUGACUCCAGGUGCACAAGCUGCUGCUUGUGAUAAGUCACCUGAAGCAGAAGUUGACAUGUACCUGAAAGAGGUGCCACUUCCACCAGAUGGAAAUAUUCUAAAAUUUUGGAAGACACGGAAAUCAGAUUUUCCUAACCUUGCAAAAGUCGCCAAGAAAUAUAAUUCGUGUCCACCUGCAACCGUUUUUUCUGAACGACUGUUCAGUACUGCGGGGCUAAUUGUUGACCAGAAAAGGAGCCGACUAGAUCCUGAACGUGUGAACAUGUUAACUUUUCUGAACAAAAAUCUUAAUAUGUUUACAAAUUGUGAGUAAUUUUUUUUGUAUAUGAACACUAAGUAAGUGACAUACUUCAAGAUUUCAUUUUGUUAGUUUGAAUUUGUAAGUGACCUGUUUAAUUUUUAUUUUAUUACUUUUUGUGGAUGUUGCUCUUAUAUCGUAUUUAUGUCAUGAAAAUACAUCAUAAUUAGUUCACUUGGUUUUUUUUUCUUGUAACUGCUAUAAAUACAUAUAAAUAUAUGUAGGGUCUAUAAUACUAUUUGCUUGUUAAUUUAUGAUUAAUUUUAAAACAGGAGUAUGGUGCCUCACAACUGUUAAAUGAUUCGGGUUUGGUUCGAGAUUCGGCAAUUCCAGUCGAGGAUUCGGGUUCGAGGAAAUCAGGAUUCGCCCGCAUCCCUAGUUUGAACCAUAAUUUAUGCACGUUCUUCAAGAAAGGGGCUUCGAUAAAAGCAUCGUUGUCUUACAUAUCACGCAAGCAUCAUUUCGAAAUCUACAUUAGUUAAUUAGUUAUAAGCAAAAUGAAAAUAGCAUUGAAUCUUAUGAUGUUAACUAGUGCCCCUGAAACACUGGAGUGGCCUCUUAAUGUACACAUAUAAAUUGGGAAUAAACUAUUAGCUACACCCAGUUAUAAGAAGUUGAAUACACACACCACCUCCUCUUAAACAAGCUACAGUAUUGUCCAGUUUCAUAAUCAAAAUAACCAGGGGGAAUUGAACCUGAUUUUUUAAAUUCAAAAUUAAAAUAUUUUUUCUAAAAAUUGCUGUAAUAUAUUAAUUUUUAAUGAAAACAUUAAAAAAAAUAUGUGGUAAAUAUUAUGCCAUUCUUGUUGAAGAUAACUAAUUAAUGGCAAGGAGCAAGAAAACCACAUAAUGAAAUAAUUUCUCAAUUUUUUUUAACUGUGGCCCACUUUCUUAAAAAAAAUUUUUUUGUCAUAUAGGCAGGUUGACUCACAAUUUAAUGGAGUUUGGGAAUUUGGCUCAUCUAAU